AUGUCUCUAAUCGAUUCCUGCAAACACAAAUUGGACUCUUAUACCCGUGUCGAUGAUGGUGUGAGUUCCUCUUCCGCCGUUACAAUGAGAUCUGACGUUAUCAACUCUGUCUCCGGUGCUCGAUCAGCAGCGGGUUCGGCUGAGUCAUCGAAAUCGCACUCUAGCCUACAGUUCCUUGUAAGAUUGUUUUCUGGAAUGAAAACAUUAGUUAUUCGAGCGAAUGUUAAUGAUACAAUUGGGUACGUUCUUGAUUUGAUACAAUCGAAAGCUGGAAUUCCAUCGAACGUGCAGAUGUUAAUUUAUAAGAGCAAGCAGAUUUACCCGGAGCAAACCCUGGGGGAAUGUUGUGUAGAAAAUGAUGCUGUGCUACAGUUGGUUGGAGUCAUGCGGAGUACUCGUCUUGUCAAAGCUCAACAGUUAGUUGAUGAGAUUGUUUCAUUGAUUUGGAGAUUGUGUAAAAGAAAUUCGGGGAAUGAAGCUUGGGAUAGGGAAGCACGUCGCGUGAUUAGAAGAAACUUAUCUGAUUAUUUCGGAGAUUUUCUUCCCAAGGAUAAUGAUAUUUAUUUCGGGCAUUAUCUGCAGGUAUUUUGUUGUUCUCAUGUACCAGCUUCUUUAGCAAUGUUAUAUAUGUCUCCUCAAAAUAUGAUAUUUGGCAAUGAGUUGAUUCAAGAGUUGAUUACGUUAAUUUCUUUACUGCCUCGACAUCUCUCCCUACAAUGUAUACCAAUAUAUUUAGAGAUUUGCAAGGCGUUGCGUGGGAUGCCAUAUUACCGCAACGAUGCUAUGUUUAACACGUGCCGAAGAUGUCUUAGUGACAUGGUCAAAUGUACCGAGAUGAAGACUGCACCGAAUGGAGCUGGCUAUGCUUAUCUUGUUAAUUUUAUAAAAGACAUGCAAACUUUUGUUGCAGACGCUGCCGAUGAGAUAGUUCAUUCUAUGGAUGCUGGUAUAGAACUGGAUACAAGGACGAGUCCCUCACAUCCUUUAUUGACUGAGGUUGUCUAUCUCAAAAACUUUCUGAUGCCUGUAGAAACAUUUAUUACAGAGGAGCUAUUCUUUAAGUUUCGAUACAGAAAGGUAUCUCAGGAUGGUCCUUAUCAAGAAUUUAGUAUCAUGUUUGAGACUUUCUUUAGGCUGCUGAACAAGAUGGAUUAUUGUCUUGAAGAACUGGAGAAGUUAUUGCCGACUAAGAGUGAAAAUCUUGGGUGCUACCAGUAUGUUGCAAUCAUAAUGGAGCUGAAUAAUAUGUCUAAGCACUUCCCAGACUUAGCAAAACAGUUUUGGACAACUUUGAGGAAUAGGAAGCUUUCUUUCAGCUAUUUAAUUAUUAAAUAUGCUAGCAAGGAGGAUGAUUAUGAAUGGAUUUCGGUGCAUAAAGAGGUGACAAAUUUUGAGUGCAGAAGGCAUUUGGCAAUGAUGUUACUUGCACGAGUUAGUGAUGAGGAUAACAACCUGAUCCAAGAGAUCAUGCUUAUUGACAGAUCACGAUUGUUGGAGGACUCUUUUGAAUACAUUGCACACUCUGAGGCUGAAACACUUCGAGCUAGUUUAGAUUUGCAGUUUAAAGAUGAGGAAGCUACUGGCCCUGGUGUUCUGAGGGAGUGGUUUGUCUUAGUUUGUCAAGCCAUAUUUGACCCUCGAAAUGCCCUCUUUGUAGCUUGUCCAAAUGAUCGUAGAAGGUUUUUUCCAAAUUCAGGUAAUCAGCUUGGUGCUUCUGUCAUUCUACUUUGCCCUAUAUAUGAUUCAUAG